AAACCGGAAAAGGCCGAUCAUGACCCGGAAGCUGAAUAUCUGGGUCAUCGAUAGAGGGCGCAACUGUUUGUAUAGUUUUGCCGGUAAGGAAUAAGCAAUAGAAAAUAGUCGUCCUGAUGAUGGUGGAAGAUCGAACAGCUGCUAAGGAGCUGGAUCAAUGGAUCGAACAAUUGAACGAAUGCAAGCAACUAUCAGAAAAUCAAGUAAAAAUCCUCUGCGAAAAGGCAAAGGACAUCUUAUCUAAAGAGUCCAAUGUUCAAGAAGUAAAAUGUCCUGUUACAGUAUGUGGAGAUGUUCAUGGACAGUUCCAUGAUUUGAUGGAAUUGUUUAGAAUUGGUGGCAAAUCUCCAGAUACCAAUUAUUUAUUUAUGGGUGAUUAUGUAGAUAGAGGUUAUUAUUCAGUAGAAACAGUGUCACUUCUAGUCGCUCUAAAGGUUAGGUAUAAGGAUAGAAUAACAAUACUUAGAGGAAAUCAUGAAAGCAGACAAAUUACACAAGUUUACGGCUUCUAUGAUGAAUGUUUACGGAAAUAUGGCAAUGCUAAUGUAUGGAAAUAUUUUACAGAUUUGUUUGAUUAUCUUCCUUUAACUGCUCUUGUAGAUCAACAGAUAUUUUGUUUACAUGGUGGGUUAUCACCAUCAAUAGACACACUAGAUCAUAUACGAGCCUUAGAUAGACUUCAAGAGGUUCCACACGAGGGUCCAAUGUGUGACUUAUUGUGGUCUGAUCCAGAUGAUCGUGGAGGCUGGGGUAUUUCUCCUCGAGGUGCUGGCUACACCUUUGGUCAAGAUAUAUCAGAGACAUUUAAUCACAGUAAUGGGUUAACUUUAGUUUCUAGGGCACAUCAGCUUGUUAUGGAGGGUUACAAUUGGUGUCAUGAUAGAAAUGUGGUAACUAUAUUUAGUGCUCCUAAUUAUUGCUAUAGAUGUGGCAAUCAAGCUGCUAUAAUGGAAUUGGAUGAUGCUCUUAAAUAUUCUUUCUUACAAUUUGAUCCUGCUCCUCGUCGUGGUGAACCACACGUAACACGCAGAACACCAGAUUAUUUCUUGUGAGGUGUUAUAGUAUCAUAGAAAUAUAUAUGUUCAUUCAGUGACUGACAUAAUGUUGUAGUCGCUGAGUAAAGACGGUGAUUAGAGACAGUUUUGUUUCGUUUUCCCUACUAACAGAGAACAGUUUGGAGAAAUUUUUAAUAUACAUACAUGUACGUAGCCAUUGUAUAAAGACACUUGAAUGUGCUUGUGUACAGUUCACCAUUUACUUAGAUUUAAAGAGGAUUUUCGUGAUAGGAAGAUUGUUGAAUACUUUUUAUGACAGAUAAUUUACUGUAAAUAAUGAUACAGUGCCAAGUAUUAAAAGUAUAUAAUAAAAAAAAUUAUAUCGAUAUAAUUUUAUUUUCAUUUCUAAAACACAAAAACAAAAUAAAUUAAUCUUUACCAUUGUUUUCUAAUUGAUCUGUUAAUUAAAUAUUGAAAUGUUUGGACUUAUUAAUCAAAUAUCUUUCUAUGUUUAUAAUGUAUGAUAUUAAUAUUUCAUGUAAAUUGUAAUAGUAAAAAGCGGUAGGCGUGUUACACACAUGAAUACCACGAUUGCUACAAAAGUUUUAUGAUCAAAAUGACGCAAACACACAUUUUUUCUUUUAAAUAGAUAUGGACAGUUUCUUUGAACAGUAAUAAUUCACAGAAAUUGUCCAUAUUUGAGGUAUUUCAAAAUAGUUAUUCACAUUUUAAGUUAACUAUAAAUUAUUGUAUUAAUUAGACUUACGACAGUAUUGUACAUAUGCAGUGUUUAGAAACUUCAUUUGUUGUAUAUUGUUGUAAUGUUUAAUGUAUUUUCUCUGCUUCAGCAAUGAAUGUCAAUUAGAAAAAUAUAUUGUAACUUCUGUAAAAAAAAAUUUUUCUUUCAUUGUCCCCAUCUUUUACCUAGCCGGAUGUUAUAAACUGGUUAUAAUGUCCACUUGUACAAUAAAUUAUUAAAUGUA